GUCCGUGUGCGCAUGCGUGAAGCGCACCGUGACUGGCGGCUCGGUUCGGCGGCGCAGCGGUUCGUACUGGAGCUCUCCCCCGGUUUCUGUGACCGCUCCGCGGCUCUCAGACCUGGUUCGGACAUGGCGGACAAAGAAGUCUACGAUGACGCGGUGGAGGAGCGGGUCAUCAACGAGGAGUACAAGAUCUGGAAGAAGAACACGCCCUUCCUGUACGACCUGGUGAUGACGCACGCGCUGGAGUGGCCCAGCCUCACGGUCCAGUGGCUGCCGGACGUCAGCAGGCCCGAGGGGAAGGACUACGCCGUCCACAGGCUGGUUCUGGGGACGCACACGUCAGAUGAGCAGAACCACCUGGUGAUUGCCAGCGUGCAGGUACCCAACGACGACGCCCAGUUUGAUGCGUCGCACUACGACAGCGAGAAAGGAGCAGAGUUUGGAGGGUUUGGUUCUGUGAGCGGGAAAAUUGAGAUUGAAAUCAAGAUCAACCACGACGGAGAGGUGAACCGGGCUCGCUACAUGCCCCAGAACCCCUGCAUCAUCGCCACCAAAACCCCCACCUCUGACGUUCUGGUGUUCGACUACACCAAGCACCCCGCCAAGCCCGACCCCAGCGGGGAGUGCAGCCCGGACCUGAGGCUCAAAGGCCACCAGAAGGAAGGUUACGGCCUGUCCUGGAACCCCAACCUGAGCGGGAACCUGCUCAGCGCCUCCGAUGACCACACCAUCUGUUUGUGGGACAUCGGCGCCGGCCCAAAGGAAGGCAAAGUGGUGGACGCUAAAACCAUCUUCACGGGCCACACCGCCGUGGUGGAGGACGUCUCCUGGCAUCUGCUCCACGAGUCCUUGUUCGGCUCCGUCGCCGACGACCAGAAGCUGAUGAUAUGGGACACUCGGUCCAACAACACGUCCAAAGCCAGUCACUCUGUGGACGCUCACACCGCAGAGGUCAACUGUCUGAGCUUCAACCCCUACAGCGAGUUCAUUCUGGCCACGGGCUCCGCCGACAAGACCGUUGCAUUGUGGGACCUGAGGAACUUGAAGCUGAAGCUCCACUCCUUCGAGUCUCACAAAGACGAGAUCUUCCAGGUCCAGUGGUCUCCUCACAACGAAACCAUCCUGGCCUCCAGCGGCACCGACCGCCGCCUCAACGUCUGGGACCUGAGUAAAAUUGGGGAGGAACAGUCUGCAGAAGACGCAGAGGACGGCCCUCCGGAGCUGCUGGUUGGUCCUCUCGCCUCACGGUUGGUGGGCGGUCUUCUCAAAGUUCUCAUGUGGUCUUUUCCCGUCGUUCUGCAUCAGUUCAUCCACGGCGGCCACACGGCCAAGAUCUCAGACUUCUCCUGGAACCCCGGCGAGCCGUGGAUCAUCUGCUCCGUGUCCGAGGACAACAUCAUGCAAGUGUGGCAGAUGGCCGAGAACAUCUACAACGACGAAGAGCCGGACAACACCCCCGCAUCCGAGCUGGAGCCUCAGGGUUCAUAACCCCCCCCCUCCAUUUGAGGAGCUUUGGGCUCAGGUGAGGAGCGUCCCGGCGGCUCUCAUUGGUCGGUUUUCCUGCAGCUUCAGGACGGUCUUCUCCUCUUCAUCACAAACUGAAAUAAAGCUUUUCUAAAUUUGUAAA